AUAAAUAYCAUUGCAUAACGACAUCUUGCAUAACAACAARCAUGGCGGCCGUGGCAAGUGUUGGUCAGUCAGUAUUUUAUAAAAUUGCUGGRGUUUCUGGUUUCUUUGCCGUCAUAGCUGGUGCUUAUGGAUCCCACGCUCCUUCACUCAAUAAGCCAGAAGCAGUAAAAUAUAAAGAGGUAAUGCAAACUGGCAACCUCUACCAUCUUGUACAUACAAUAGUACUUUUAGCUGUUCCCUUUGCAAAUAAACCAAAACUGGUUGGUGGUAUAUUUGUCACUGGCAUGACUUUGUUCAGUGGAAGCUGUUAUGUUGUUGCAUUGGCACAAAACAGAAAAUUAGGAAGACUGGCACCAGUUGGAGGCACACUAUUAAUGGCUGGAUGGCUAGCUUUCUUGUUAUGAUUGUAAAUAAUGUCAUAAAUAGUGUAAAAAAUAAUGUUAUCAUAAACAAAAAUAAAAUAUGUGUUAAAAACAAAACUAGAAUACUGAUAUCUAUUGACCAAAAUAUACAUGAAUGUUCAUUUAUU